AUGCUAUCUAGGAAAUAAAUAAAAUUUAUCUAAUUCAACCAAAUCAUUUAUCCAAUAUAUUUUAUUUUAGUUUAUAAAUACCAUUAUAAAAAAUGGGAUAAAAAAGUACUGAUUUUAAAAUUCCAUCCAUCUCAUACUAUAAUUGUAACUUAAAAUAAGCUAUUUUCUUAAUUAGAUUAAUAAGAUAAAUUGAGAGUAUAUAAAGAAUAUGAUUAUCAAAUUGAUAAAUUUUGAAUUAUGUUCUUUAGAAAUAGAUUUGAAUACUUUUUACAAGGCAAGUGAAAUUUAAUUAUAAAACAACUUCCUAUAGAAUAUAUAUUUAUAUUAUUGA